AUGUCCAUUAAACGGGCUCUCUCGAAAAUCACCCCAGUAGUAGGCCAGUCCGAUGACUCCUCCGGUCAUUCCAAGAGUCUUCCCAGUUCGCCUCGUCGCAGUAUCCUCAGCGGUUUCCUGCGGGAGCGCGACUGGGCCUCCUCCUCCGAUGACGGCUCCGACGACUCGUCUCAGGGGACGAUGAGCAAAAACCAACAGAAACGGCUGGCUCGUCAGCAACGGCGACAGGAGCGAUCGCGCAUGAGUGAAGACCGUCGUUCCGGCGAGUCCGAACGCCACAAGGAGGAGAUCGCCGAAGCUGUCCGGAGCGAGACACCGGAGAUGAAGGCGCGCUACGGCGAUCUGCCCCUCAUGCAGUCCCGCACCCGUACCAACGAAGUCCGCACCCGCUUCGACGAUAUCUCCGCCGACCAGGUGGGGAAGCAGAUCUUCUUUACGGCCCGGUUGCACAUCGUGCGUCGCAUGAGCGCAAAGCUGGUCUUUCUGGUCUUUCGCCAGCAGCUCACCACCUUCCAGGGUGUCCUGCAUGAAGAGACCGGCGUGAAGUCCAUUGCCAUGGUCCAAUGGGCCGAACAUCUGCGACUGGGAAAUAUUGUGCAGGUGCGCGGCACCAUUCAGGCUCCUCAGGUUCCCGUGCUCGGCUGCACGAUCCAUGAUGUCGAGCUCUCCAUUGACACUAUCCACGUCGUGGUGCGUCGCGAGGAACCCGUUCCGUUCAGCGUGUACGAGGCCGAGAUUCGCACCCCCGAAGAAGACCGCGUCGAAGGCCGCCGGAGUCGCAUCCCCGACCGCACGCGCCUGACCAAUCGUUUGCUGGACUUGCGCACUCCAACUUCGCAGUCGAUCUUCCGCAUUCAGUCCGCCAUCGGCAACUUGUUCCGAUUUGCGUUGGAUGGCCAGGGAUUCAUCGAGAUUCACUCCCCCAAGUUGCAGGGCUCCGCCACCGAGUCCGGCGCCAGCGUGUUCGGAGUCAACUACUUCGCGCGCUCCGCCUUCCUGGCCCAGAGUCCGCAAUUGGCGAAGCAGAUGGCGAUUGCCGCCGAUUUCGACCGGGUUUACGAGAUCGGAGCUGUGUUCCGGGCGGAGAACUCCAACACCCAUCGCCACUUGACCGAGUACACGGGUCUGGAUAUUGAAAUGGCGAUCGAAGAGCACUACCACGAGAUGCUGGACGUGCUGGACGCCGUGAUAAAGAGUAUCCUGGAGGGCGUCUAUGGUCGCCACCGCCGCGAAGUGGAGAUUGUGAAGCAGCAAUUCCCGUCGGAGGAUGUGGUUUGGCUGGAGAAGACGCCCGUCCUACGCUUUGCCGACGGCAUCAAGAUGCUGAACGACUCCGGAUGGCGCGACGAGGAUGGCAACCCUCUCCCGGAUGACGAGGACCUGUCCACCCGCGACGAGAUACGUCUGGGCGAGCUCGUCAAGGCGAAGUACGGUACCGACUACUACGUCCUCGACAAAUUCCCCGCGAGUGCCCGUCCGUUCUACACCAUGCCCGACCCUGACGACAGCCGCUACACCAACUCGUUCGACAUUUUCGUGCGCGGCCAAGAGAUCGUGUCGGGCGGCCAGCGAAUUCACGACCCUCACAUGCUGGAGGAGAACAUGCGCCGAUCGGGUAUCGACCCGGAGACCAUGGAGGAAUACAUGGAAGGCUUCCGCUGGGGAGCACCUCCUCAUGCCGGAGCGGGUGUGGGUCUGGAACGGUUGUUGAUGCUCCUACUGAAGUUGGGCAACAUCCGCCUGGCGUCGCUCUUCUAUCGUGAUCCUAAGAGCUUCCCUGCGAAGCCCGAGGGUGUGCAGUUGCGUCACCCCGAAUCCUCAACUGUCGAACCCCAGUGGGUUCGGGACAAGGUGGCCAAUCUGGCGCCGGACGACGCGUCCCUUCAGCCGCUCGAGCACCUCAUCGCGAACUAUGGCGACGCCACCUCCACUUCUUUUGGCGAUGAGCGGUUCAAAAUCUGGCGGGAUCGGGGUACCGGUGCCGCGGUUUCCUACGUGCCUAGUAGCAACAACUACGUGAUCAUCCCGGGCAACCCUCUUUGCGAUGCCAGCCAGUAUUCGCGCAUCAUCAGCCAGUUUUUGCAGUGGCUGCGUCGUGAGACCAAGUACAAGCCAAUUUGGCUGCUGUGCUCCCCUCAGGUGGAAGACAUUCUGGGAGGAAAGCUCGGCUGGCGCAGCUUGUCCUGCAUCGCCGAGGAGCGCGUGGACCCGUCCCGCAACCUGGCGGCGUCGGACGGGGAGAUUGCACGCAAGAUUCGUCACGCGGAGAGCACUGGAGUGAAAUUGGUGACCUUGAACCAGGGCGAGAUGGUGUCGGACGAAGUGCGCGGCAAGAUCGACAAGCGCCUCCAGGACUGGCUGAACAACCGCAAGGGCACGCAGGUGCAUUUGUCCGAGAUCCGUCCCUGGUAUGACCACGAGCACCGCUGGUACUUCUAUGCCGUCGACAAAUCGGGCGAAAUCUGUGCUUUCGUCGCUCUGGCCAUGCUGGCACCCAGCUCGGGCAUGCAAGUCAAGUACAGCUUCGAUUUCCCCGGCUCUCCGAACGGCGUCAUCGAACAUAUCGUGACUCACGCCAUCCAGACUGCCGCUCGGAACGGAGUCAAAAGCCUCACCUUCGGCGCCGGAGCCACCAACAGUAUGACCCCGGGUCACAACAUGCACGGUGCCAAGGUGAAGAUGUUGCAACACACCUACGAGACACUGGCCAAGCAGUUCCAUCUGGUGCGCAAGAGCGAGUUCCGCGCCAAGUUGGGCGCGCACGAGGAGCCCCUCUUCAUUUCCUACCCUCCUCACGGGCUGGGCUCGAAGGGCAUCCGGGCCGUUCUUCACUUUUUCGAAGACUAA